ACUAGGUGUGGCUUCUUGUACUCUCUUGCGCCGUUACUCUCUCCUUCUUUCCAUUUUCAAUGGGUCGUGCAGACGAAAGUGAGGUCAGUUUGUGGGUCAAGUACACCAUCUUCUUCUUCAACCUGUUUUUUUGGUUGGUGGGCGGUGCUCUACUCGGCGUUGGCCUAUGGGCUCGCUUUGACAAAGGCUGGGAAUCCGUAGGCUCUCUAACUACCGAUCCAGCCAUCGUUCUUAUCGUAAUUGGAUGCGUGACGUUUAUAGUCGGAUUCUGUGGUUGUUUGGGCGCCCUCCGAGAGAACACCUGCCUUCUCAAGUUGUUUGCCUGGUCGCUUGGCAUCAUCUUUCUUUUGAUGGUCGUUGGAGCUAUAUUGGUGUUCGUUUUCCGUGAUGACGUACAGAAUUUCGUCAAAGAUCAAGUGAAGAAGAGCAUUGAAAGGUACAGGGACGAUGCAGACUUGAAGAACUUUAUAGAUUUCGUUCAGGAGCAGUUUGACUGUUGCGGAUCCACGGAACCUCAGGAUUGGACGACACUUAAUAAAUACUUUAACUGCACUGAUCCUGUGCCGCCUGAUUUGCCUGAAGCGUGUGGUGUCCCGUUUUCUUGCUGCAUGACGUUAGAAGAGAGAGUCAACAGUCAGUGUGGAUAUGGAUUGUAUGGACGAAACCCUGUUGCUGCACCCAGUACUCGCAUUUGGACGGAGGGCUGUUAUGAUGCUGUUAAAGCGUUUGCUGAAAAAAAUCUUUUAGCCGUUGGGAUUGUUGUGCUGGUUAUCGCUCUAGUAAUGGUCAUGGGCAUGGCAUGUGCUGGAAAUCUUAUUUCGCAGAUCAAGAAGCAAGCUGGAGCUAUUUAAAUUAAUGAUUUGUAACUUUUGGGUGCAUAGUGUUAGUAAGCUUGGUUAUCGCAUGAAGUAACUUUCAGUAUUGGUGUGGCUACUACUUUGUGUUAUGGUAUAUAUAUAUAAGUAAUUGUUGACUAUUAGUUAUGAUUAGAGUAUUUUUAAUCUUCAUAUCGUAUGGCUGUAAGAGUGUGACUUUGCAAUUAUCUUGAUAAUAAUAAUUUGUCAAUUUGCGGCAAA